UGAACUCGUGUUGGACAAUGCAGUGAAAAGUCACUUUAACUACCGAUAUAUCGUGGCAAUUUUACACAAACAGAGAGUAUCCUUUCUGCACUAUCUCUCUCGUCUCCUUGCGUGAAACGAUUUAAUGCCCGGGUCCAGUAUAAAAACGACCGUGUAGCGUUGGCAUGUAAAUUCAUUUGUCUAAGCGUGCAUGCUUGAGUAAUUGGCGUGCCAGUGCAGCAUACAAGCAACGCUUCCGGUUGUAGAGUUUAAUUUGUUGUUCACUAAAUGUUGUUGUACUCUUCACGCCACACCAACCGUAGUGCCUCAUCCAGCCGCAUCGCGGAUUAUCCCCAAAUGGGUCCGGAAUUAUUUCCCAUUAGCGAGCCAACGGCCAAUGGUCCCAAGAUGGCCCUUCAGCAAUUAGUACGCCGCAGCAGUAUUAUGCAGCCGUGUAACCACAGUAGUUUCCGUUCGGCAAAAGGCCGGGUUCAACGGAAGGCCUCCACGACGUGUGUCCCCGAAAUUCAAAUCCCUAAGGAGCAACAUCGCCGGGUAACGGUGUUGGGUGCAGGAAGCACCGGAAAAAGUGCCAUCAUCACGCAGUUUUUAUAUGAAAGAUUCCCCAAUCGAUACAAAAAGACAGUGGAUGAACUGCACCGUGCCGAAUACGAGAUCUCCGGCCAGAACCUGACUUUGGAGAUUCUGGAUACUUCCGGAUAUUCGGAAUUUCCGGCAAUGCGCGAGCUGGCCAUCAAGAAGAGUGACGCAUUUAUUCUCGUGUUCAGCGUCGAUAAUGAGGGCUCAUUAGAAGAGUUAAAAGAAAUACGGGAGGAAAUUAUUCGUGUCAAGAACGAGCAACGUCGUGCUGCACAACAGUCUGAACCUUUGAAAAUUCCCAUGGUCGUCGUGGCCAACAAAGCCGAACUGGAAGACAAUAAGUGGAAAGUGGAUCGGACCUACGUGGAAUGCUUGGUUAAGUGUGACUGGGAUUCAUGUGGAUAUGUGGAAGCGUCAGCAAAGACCAGUGUGGGAAUAGUGGAGAUAUUUAAAGAACUUUUGGUGCAAGCCAAUGUUCGAUACGCCCUGAGCCCGGCAAUAAAGAAACGGCGGGAAUCCAUGCCCAACGUUUUCGCGGGUAUUCCCGCCCGGAAUAGCAGUCCGGAGAACGAUCAAGAGUACAGCAGUCAGGUUUCGGCAACACCAUCGCGAAUGGGCAGUGCGUCCAGUUCCCGUCGGGGAAGCGUCAUCGGUUUGGGCAAGCGUGAUUCUUGUGCCAUUUCGUAGAAGCUGGCUGUUCUACAAGAUACCUACUCAGUAGAUGGAGCCAAUAUGAUGAAUGUACCGAAAAGUAAACCCGGAAGUACGGAUUGGAUUUCACAGGCGCGCGCACGCGCACACAAGACCUUGAAGAUUUUUCUCUCUGCGCCCAGGCUGGGGGGAAAUUUAAUCACUUUUCAAUGUCAAGUUUACCGUUUGGGAGUUUUCAAGUGCAUAUACGCGCAUGGUGAAUCGAUCGUUUUCUGGCCAAUCGAUUAUUAUGCAAAAAUGUUCUGCUUUAUAUACUGUAGUACACUGCACAGUAGAAAACUGUCCCCGGUGUCGAAUAACUGCUACGUCGACGACAAAAUAAUAACGCCCUUAAUAACGGUGCGUCUGCACUCCGGAAUGCUCUCCAAGUUUUGAGGGAUUUUGCUGUUCCGUACAUUCAUCCGCCCCCUGUUUGACCGCCCGCUGCGUCUACACUGCUGUACAGGGCUUUACUGCGCAGGCCGCACGCGCUGCUUGUGUGUACAUGGCAAUGAUAAGUUUGUAUUGAUCUUCCCACUGGAGAGUUUGUGUCAAUAUGUACAUAUAUAUGGUUGUGGCUCAUCAAAGUUUAAUUUACUCGGUAUUUGCUGUGCUCGAUCCAGAGAAGCAUGCUAUAUAUUUUCA